CGCUGCUGCAGGCGUCGGGCCUGUCGGCCGUGCUGCUGCCCAUCCUGGGUUCGACUCUGGGCGGCCUCAUCGCCAACAAGCUGGCCGACGGCGAGAAGUACGCCGCUCACUACGGAGACAAACACGACGACGACGACGGUGUGACGGCGAUGUGGGGCGGCAUCGGCCCCGACGGCCGGCCAUCCGUGGGCAGCGUGCUGGCCAGGAACGGCGCAGGACCCGCCGCCAAGCAGGGGACCAUCCUGCUGCCUCCCGCUUACGUGCUGAGCUUCAGCAAGAGACCUGGGCUCUACGCCAGCGGAAUUAUGUCGGGCUACAGGCGACCCACAACCAGCUCUCCACCAACGACGACGACCACUACCAUAAAGCCAGCCAACAGGCAUCCUGGAGCAGUUUCGGCACUGGAGGAGUAUUUCUCAACCCUCACCGUCUCACCACCAGAGGAGAGUUCCACAACAUCACCUGACGAUGGCCAGUACUCCACUGCUGAAAUUAUCCAUUCCACCAGCACAGCACCAUCGGUAACGAAGCCAAAAGUAGAUAAAACGUCAACAGCGCCACACACAACGACAAAAACAACGACAACAACAACAACAACGACCACCACGACAAAGACUCUAAAGCCGUCAACGCAGCCGGCAACACUGAAACCGAAGACGACAACACAGAAGCCAACUGUGCCUCUACUUCCCAGCCACAACUACGAGCAUGAGUCAACCGUGACACCAACACCGAAGCCAACUUGGCCUCUACACCCUGACCACAUUUAUCAUCAUAAGUUAACAACAACGACAACACCGAAACCAACUCGGCCUUCACGCCCUGAACAAACCUACCAUAAUGAAUCAAAAAUGACAACAACCCCGAAACCAAUUUGGCCAUCACGUCCCGACUACAAUAAUCAUCAUGAGCCGACAACGACUACAACUUGGGCUCUGCAUCCCGACGACAACUAUCACCAUGAGUCAACAACGACGAGUGACCAGAACCAUCAUUAUGAGUCAACAACGAUGACAGUGCCAAAACCAACUCGACCUGCGCAACUUGAUCACAACUACCACAAUAAGCCAACAAUGACAACAACGCCGAAGUCAACUUUGCCUCCACGCCCCGAUUACAACUAUCACCAUGAGCCAACAACCAUGAGGCCGUAUCCUAAUUACUACGAGACCCACCGUCCUCCAGCUGCUCAAACCAGACCUACAUCUACCACUUCAGUCCCUUUCGAUGAGGAGUAUGAAGACUACGACCAUGAUGAUGACGAUGACUACAAGUACCCAGGCGACAGUGAUGAUUACUACAGGUAUCCAGUUAGGGAUCCAGAGGCCAGACCAUAUCAACACUACUCAAGAAGUGGAGAGGAGCCAGGUGAUUCACUUGGUACAGAGUACACUGGAGAGCUGUCCAGUAGCAAAGACCAAUGGGCCCAUCCUCUGACACACCAAUCUCGUCACCACAUUAAUGGUGCUCCGAAUAGAUCGACCACAGAGUGGCCUUACUACGUCGCUAGUACUCCUAAGAGGCACCGUGAAGCACUGCCAUCCGGCUCUAGGUGGCCACCCCAACCAGGACGGUUUCUAGAGGACAUUUACCCUGACAAGGAAUGAGAUGUUAUUAUAGCGAAGUAAUUUUACAGUACAUGUAUAAACACAAGAUAUUGUACCAUUGUGGCUUCAGUUUUUUUGUACAUUAAUAGUUACCAAAAUAUAGAGUAUAAAAUAUUUUUACCAAUAACUAAGGCGCUCGAGAUGAGUUACACACGAUUAAUUGCACAAGUUAAUAUAUCAAAAUUUUAUGGAACUUUUGAAAAUAUCUAAACUAUGACAACAAAUUGAGCUAUUUUCUGACAGUGCCUGAUACUCGUCUUUAUUUACCGAUAUCUUGAAGGAAGUUUGUAUGUUUAAUGAAAAUACUUGUAUAUUUCAAUGACAUUUGAGAGCUUCUGGAACGGUCAGAGUAUAACGAUGUGGCACUUCACAUUACAGAGUUUCUAAUACGUACUGUGAUCUCGACCCAUAUGUAGUUGGUUCCUAUCCUGGCGGUGGAAGAAAAUUGGCAAUUCCUGAUAAUCUGAAUACGAGCCAAUGCACUGGGUUUUAUCUUGAAGACGAUCCGUACGUUGGAUGGGAAGAAGUUCCACUAUUUACCGAGUGGAGUAGGCGUUGUUUCGCGCCCUCUCUUUGCUCCCCCAUCGUCAUCAGCAACGCAAACACGAUGCUGGAUUUCGUACUCUCUAUCAUAACCAUUCUAGUGAUCGCUUAUAGUAAAGGUACAGAAUUUGCAUUCUGACAUGGAAAGGUGUCAUUGUGCUUGAAAUUAGAAAUUCCAACGGCAGAUGGAUAAUUCUUCGGGUCGUCCAGCUAGCAGUUUCAUACAAUAUAACGAUUCUGCUACAUUCAGUGAAAUAUUUCACACAAAGAGGAGGGGAGUAGGUAACGUUAGACUAGAAGAUGUACAGCACAGUAUCGUAAAGAAGCAAACAUCUGACUGUCUGAGAGUCGGUUGAGACCCGGCUCUUGCCGUUUUAACAGUUCACGUUUUGUUCUACAAAAAGUUGCAAAAAUGUAUUUAAAUACUCAUCAAGUGCUAUUAAAAUGUCUAGCUUCAUUUAAACAAUCGUAGUUUCUUUAAUAUUACAGUGAACAUAAUAAUCACAAAUAUUGACCACUCAGAAAGAUAGUCACCUAUUUCCUUGCUAUCAUAUUAAAUACAGUUUUCUUCGAUCCCUCCAGUGGUCGCGGGAAUAAAUGACGUUAAUAUGACAACUGAGUCACACUUUACAGGGAUGAAUAAAAAGGUAGUGCAAUUUCUCCUCACCGUUGUGCGAGUCCACUUUAAAGUAAUACUAAAGUGCUCCAGCGUCUAGAGCUCCUUAUCAGAUUUUUUGGAUUGUAUUUAUAACAUGAUACAAAUUUACAGUAACGGUGAUAUGCUCGAGUACUGUAGAAACAUUUGUCUCAAGAGAGAGCUCCAAGUAAUACACUUCACAUCUGUUUGUGAUAUAAUAUUAUGUACUGUAUAAUUUAUGUAACCAUCUAAUUUAUUAAAAUCCUUAUUGACACUUGUGAAAUGUUACA